UAUUCUCAAACUAAUUUCACCGACCUCCGGAGCUAUUCCCUGAACAGUAUUUUGUUUGCUUCCGUUUCAUACACGUGUAUCUCAUAGCCAGUUUUAUGGUAAGACUUCGGCAUUUAUCACUUUUGCCUGGAAAAGGAGAUUAAUAACGGGGCAAAAUCGCUCUCUCUGUCUGUUACUCCUGCUCGCUCUGGAGUCCGGAGCAUUUACCAUAAAGAUCAGAAUACGUGAGCACUUCAGAUUUAGGGCCGGCGCACUUCACCACGUAAAAGCGAGGAGCGGCUGGCUUGACCGCAGUGAGGGGGGAAACUGAAACAAAGUCAAAGUGAGGGUGACAGAGAGCAGAUAGCGAUUGAGUUUGAGACAGGAUCUGAAGGAGGCUAGCAGGUGACGUAAAGAGAGAGAGUUAUGAGGGGACAGCUCAAUUCAUUCUUCUAUCUGGUGAUGGCUCUCCUGUGUUUGGGGACCCUGUUCGUCUGGUGCUUACUCGACAACAACAGCAAUGUGGACCAGUUCUUACCAACCCCUCAGAGGAAAAGAGCCCCCAAGACCUUUGACCUCUGCAAAGGCUGCAAGAAUAUGAUCGAAAAAAGAAUGCAGGGUUACUCUCAAGCCUGGCAGAAGCAAGAGGACAAUUAUCAAAAAUUUAGAUCUCAGCUGAGCAGCAACUGCACUGGCUUUGACAAAGCCAUCAUUACCCAGGCCAACACUCCAGUGGGAUCCGAGCUUGUUUAUGAUGGGGAAAAGAAGAGUAGCCUCAAGGUGUCUCCUGAGGUUUUCAGCACCUUUACAAAGGAGCAUCCUUUCUCAAAUAAAACAUGGGACACGUGUUCUGUUGUCGGGAACGGAGGAAUCCUGACUGACAGCAGCUGUGGAGAGAGAAUUGAUUCAGCUCAGUUUGUCAUGAGGUGCAACCUUCCUCCUUUGGGAAAUGGUUACGAGAAGCAUGUUGGUGUCAAAACGGACCUUGUGACAGCGAACCCAAGCAUCCUCAUGGAGAAGUAUGGGUCUCUGAUGGGGCGUCGUCGUCCGUUUGUGGAAAGUCUGCAUAUUUACGGCAACUCCCUGCUACUCCUUCCCAUGUUCUCCUUUCGCACAAACACUCCUGUAUGUCUGCGGGCUACCUACACCAUUGAGGACUUUGGAAGCCCCAUGAGGCCCGUCUACUUUAACCCUGAGUACCUCCAAAGUCUGGCCGACUUCUGGCGCGCACAAGGCUUGCAAUCAGCGCGGCUGAGCACCGGGAUAAUUAUGACUAGCAUAGCUUUGGAGGUCUGCAAAAAUGUGCAUCUGUAUGGGUUCUGGCCCUACAGUAAUCACCCCUAUGGACUCUACGACCUGAAGCACCACUACUAUGAUGACAGAGCACCUAAAACAAGUUUCCAUGCCAUGCCCACUGAGUUUGAGCUCUUGUUGCGGUUGCACAGUCAGGGGGUGCUCAAGCUUCAUCUGGGAGAUUGUCAACAAGGAGAAAGGUAGACCCAUGGACUACUGAGGGAACAGAAUCGAAGUGCCUUCUUUGUACCAUCAGGGUAAAGCGAAUCACUCGUGUAGUCUUUCAUGUUCUUUUAAAUGAAUGGACACAAAAGCCCCGUUUCAACCGGAGGAACUAUAGUUCCUACUAUAGCUCAACAGUGUGGUGCCGGAAGUAAAAAUCCCAUUAAUUUUCUCCAUUUGAUUUGAUUUUUGGCUGUAAUAUAAUAACCAUCCAAGGUAUACUUACCUCGAGCUGCCCCAGUAUGAUACGAUGGUAUAUGCUCCUGGAGAAGGCACACGUUCGUGUGAAAUCAACCUCGUUUUGAGAAGAAGAGGCCUUAUUCGCGAUCUCUUUGAAAAAAACUUCACUACCCAUGAUCCUAGAGUGUCACAGCGACGUCUCUGAUUGGUUGUGCUUCCUGUUGCCAUAGCAAUUUUUCCCACCCCUCUGCGCCUUAUGCGAACAGAGAAGUUUCGCUAGUAUGCUAGCUAGUUAGUUAGCUUACACGAAAAGUACUAGUCUAAUAACUUUGUCAUGCCGCUGUGAAUGUAGUUUAUAAUUUCCACAACUACUAGAUAGUACAACACUUACAUUAACAGUAUAAACGCUUUAACAAUGACAAAAGUUACUUUUAAGUAAUCCAUUCGCAAUGGAUUGUGGGAUGGUUAGUUCCUUGACUCAGGACGAAAAUUAUACACAGUCUUGUACCUUUGCCUUUUUUCCCAUUUUUUUAAUGCCGUUUUGGUGCCGAAUUAAAUGUAAUAUAGUCCCUAGUAUUGUUGUAGCUGAUUCACUUGGUUUCAGGCGCCAAUCUGUUGAUAUAAGGAUUUUGUGAAAAAUCAAAGGAGGAUUUGAAUGGGGAAAUUUACUUCCGGAACCAGAGCCACCGAAAAAAUGGCGAGGUCACUGUAAGCACUAUGGGCUAAAACAUCUACCCCUAAAAAACACCCUGCUAGGUGUUAGGUUUUUUCAGAAGGUCACGGGACUUAAGUUAUUAAUUCAUUCAUGAAGACAAAAAAAAAAACUUGGUUUGACUUCUACAGAAAGAAUCUGCAUUUAUGUUUGUACUGUUUGGCCAAAAUAAUGAGGGAACUGUGUACUUUUUCUUUUUUUUAAUUCUCCAUUAGAAUUCCAUCUGUGAUUAUAUUCUAACUUUGGUGACUUCAAAUCUUUCUCAGAAAUCCUUCAAAAAUCUUGUGUAUUCAGAAUCAAAAAUCAGAUGUUCUAAAGGUCAAAUGUCAAAAUCAUGAAAUAUACCUUUCCCCCAAUAUUAACUUUAAAGGAGCUAUAUGCAACUUUCAAAAAUAUUGCGUUUGUAGCGAUACCGCGUGGCCGUUAGGCGAACUGCACCAGUAACCUGUUGCUCGCUCUCUCGCGCGUGCUCGUCAUACGUGCUCGUACGUACACAAACGAGCAUCAUCAUCGGCCGCGAAACACUGGACGUUUACCGGCAUAAUGUUCACAGAGGAGGUAAGUGGUCAUACACAUGUGAAAGUCUGUGAAGGAGUCUGUGUGUCUGUAUUCAUUCUCCAUCCUACAAACGACAGUCUUGGCAGGCACUGGCUGAGAGCAGGAGUGUGUGAGGAGUUUGUCCGCCUUUGAGAGCUCGUAGGGCGGAACGCGCAUAAAAUGUCACUUCCUGGAGCUUUUGCGGAAAAUACGACCCGGGGAAUUUUUUUUAUACAGGCAACACAGAUAGACAGUGAACAUCUACUUUUUCACAUUAGUUAACCGUUUGCUUAUUAAUGGGCGAUAAAAAACGAUUUAUACCUGUAAAAAGUUACAUAUUGCCCCUUUAAGAAAUGAAUUGCAGGGGUUAAAAUAAUGUAUAUUCUUAAAAGGUGUUUCUAAGGUGUUUGGUGAAAUGAGGAGAGUGAGGUAUCCAGCGUAAAUUCUUCUAACAUUUUGAUUAGAGUCUUCUCUCCCUAUUAAGGCCCUGACACACCAUGCAGAUACCAAAGAACUAGUGGCGACGGAGGCCCCCCUGUGGUGUCACCUCACGCCGCCUCACGUCUUGGCCAAAAAGUUGCACUAGAACACACCUCAAAGACUACAGCCGACGGCCAACCGCCAUGUACGUUCUGUGCAUUCGUGAGGGGCGGCGGUAGCUCGUUGUUGUGAUACCAGAAGACCAUUUUCACACCGCUGUUGCACACCUCUCGUAUGCAACAGAAAAUUGCCCUCUAGUGGCCUUAGCUGGCUUUAUCUGUGAAGUAUCUCUCACUUUCAGUUUUUUAUUUAAAUUCCCUUUUGUUUCUUUCUCUUUUCUACUCAAUUCGAGAGCCUAACACAGACAGGACAACUCUCAGUAAAUCACCUGUGGCUUACAGCUGACAAGGCACCAUCACUGGUUUAGACAUCAGCUAACAGAAGACCUUUUUGAAGUAUAUGACAAACCAAUAUCAUGUUAUGCUACAAACAGUCUUGUCAGUUGUUUAUCAAAUGAGCAAUGUUACUUGAUAAUGAUUUGUUAGAUUCCCUAAAUUUACAACCUGGAACAGAACAGUACGACAAAACAGCCUGUUAGCGUACCACUUUAAACAUGGUAUUAGAGGGACAAGCUGCUAUGAUACAAAAGUAAGUGUCAGCUCUUUCAGGCAAGACUUUAUGAAUACAAAUACAAAUGCAGCCACUGUAAACAGAAAAGCUGAUUGUUUCACUAAUAUGACACUUCCUGUCUUUCCCCCCUUUGAUGCCUUCAGCCAGUUCUCCACACACUGCUUUGGAGCAAUCCUAUAACAAUGACGGGAAGGUAGUAAAACUGUUUAUGAAACACAGCCCAAACAGUUGGUACUACUUAUACUGUAACAUACAAGGCCAAGUCUGGAUUUUUUCAUUUCAGUCACUGUAGCCAACACAUUAUAAAAAUAUACUUUGUCAUAUUUUAAAUUUUUUGAGUCAAUGAGUCAAUAAAAAAAUAUAUUCUUCAUGUUGAGUUUGAGGAACAUUUCUCUGUUUCCUCAUCAGCUUGAGAAACUGUUAAGCCUCUUAAAAGUCCUCCUCACAAUUUGACACCUUAGGAAUUUAAUUACAUUUUGAAGUUAAUCUCUACAAGGAUCUAGUCUUUACUUUAAGAAGUCCAGUGGUGGGUUUCGGCCACUAGAUGGCACUCUUUGACCAUGCAAUGUGAAGUGCAUGUUGCGCUGUACAGGGACAGGUAUUCCGUUUUCAUGAGGCAGUUAGCUUGCAUUUAUAUACGUGUCCUUUUGACAGGUUGCACAUCUGAGCUAGAGCUGGUGCAGCGCCUGCUGUGAUUGUGUCAUUGUAUUUGUGUUAGAAUCAACAACAACGUUACUCUAAUUAGUGAGCUGCAAUGAGACCACAGGUUAGAGACACACCUCAAGACAAUGCAAUGAAAACAUUACAUGAUGACACUACUGGGGCAUCACUUUACCUUAGUGGUGGCAGGUUGUCUGUGCAGAUUGUAAUUGUAUUAUUUAGCUGUAGAUUUAUCCAGUGGUUUUGUUUGUGAUUAUAACACUUUUUUUUUUUUAGAUUUUAAAGCAAAAAAGUUAAAAUUUGGACUUAAAUAUUCUCCAUUAAGAGAGUAUUUUACUCUCUUUUAUGUGUCGGUCUUUCUUCUUUGAAAGAACAUGAAGUUAAAGACAUAAGAGGGAGAUAGAAAACUUAAAUCAGUGAAGGUGUAAUCACACACGGCUUAAGUGGAACUAAACCAUGUUGGACACUUUGAGCCGGUGGAGCCGAACUUGACCAGAAUGUAAAAAAUUAAAACGUGUUUUUAUGGGUAACACAAAGUUUAUUGUGAUUGUCAUACUAAAUAAACACACUUUCCACACAUAUAAUAUUUUACAAUGAUAUAAACCUUUAUGGGAAUGAUUUGAUUGAUUGAAGCAGAUGGAAAAUGUAUUUUUACUGAGAACAGAUGGACGUAAAUAACACACUGAGAGCAGGAGAGUAAUUGGCUCUUAACAUGAGUGGAUGAUGUGUUCAGGAUUUUUUUUUUUUUCUUCUGGCUGCAAUAAUUACAUAACCACAAUACACACUGAUGUGUUCAUACACAUGUGUACAGAUGUAUUUGCAUAGCGGGGAUUUUUAAACUUCCCUUCACACACUCGAGUAUUACCACACAGUAAGGGAAGUAGAGGAGAGGAUAAUGAGUAAAAAUGAUGUUGUUCUCUCCUCAUCCACCGCUGUUUGGAGGCAGGGGAAUGUAACAAUGGAGGCUUAACUGGCAGUUUGCAAAUCAGAUUUGUGCUUCUUCUGCCUCUGAACGCCCUCACCUACCCCAGCAGGUAGGAAACUUAAUUAAAUGUAUGCCUCACAAAUUACUUCUGCAGCGCAGAAGGUUAGGAUAUCUGCUUUGGUGUGUUUGUGUAAUUUCACCUCAGACAUGUUUAUGUUCCUUUAGCUGACUUCCCACAACAUUAAAAGGGGAAUAAGUCCAUAUCAGGCAGUGAGGAGAGAGAGCAUCCCAUUACAAGCAUUAUGUGUGUAUGGAUGCCCUCCAACUCAACUCACAGUGGGCUCCUGAUGUACAGUUUUUGUAUGUAUGUGUGUGUACACUCUCGUGCCAAGACAUACUAAAAGAGUGGUUUGUUAUUGAAAAAGAGAAUCUCUACUUCACAGGAAUCCUGUCAACAUACAACCUACAAAAAAAAGAAGUCACAUAGGUGGAUAAAACACACACAAACACACCCUGACACACACAAGUGUUCCUAAUCUGCAUUGCAGAUGUUUUUUGGGGCCUCUCUGCCAGCACAGGGAUGAUGAGGCGUCCUCGUUAGCAUGGAGACUUUUAGCUGUAAUUAUCUUGUAAUGGCACUUAGCCCAUCAGCUCCUCCUCUAGUGUGUCCCAGUGCAUGCACACAU